AUGGAUGACUCGGUGGACGAUCUCCCGCAUUACCGGGCCCCCAGACGAGUGUCAACUUCUCCGAUGCCACGUCGAGACUCUGUGAGCUCAGAUACGCCCGACAAGGACCUAGUCGAAACACUAUACAGUCACCCAAAUAUAAAAAUCAUAUCCUUUACGGCAACCGGAAGAGCUUUCGCGAGGAGUCCAGCCACAAGCAAUGUUGAUCCACCUGGGACCCUGUCAUGGUCCUCUCAGCUCGAGCGAACUAUUGCUGUUGGCCCCUUUCGCAUCUACCGAGCCCCGCGGUCCGUGGCCUUUCUAAGCUGUGGCUCUGCGUUGCAGCCUAUCCUACGAAAGAGUCAGUGUUGGUGCAUUGAUGAAGUCAACAGUAAAUUCAUUUUGCAGAUUCGUCGACCAAAUUAUUGGAGGAUCGAACUACCCGUAGAAGACCUCGAAGACCAACAGCGAGCCGAGGAACUCAGAGAGGUGCUCGAUAAAAUUCUACAGUUCGAGAAGACUGAGUGUCCCUUCAAGCGCACAUUUACAGUUGAUCUUCCUGAGCAAGUACCUGUUACGAUCUUACCUUGGACUCCUCGCGCCCAACCCGCGAUGCCCGACGAUGCUGCCGUACCAUCUACCAGCUCGCGCAGGUCGUCAUUUGCCGGGCGAGCCACCACGCCUACGCCUUUAAGUGAUAGACUUCCCAUGGACUUCCAAUCAAGCCCACUGGUCGGUAGACCUACACGAGCAGCAUCUUGUGUAGUACCCUCAAACAUAUCUAUUUAUGAGGAGUACGGAAUGCAUUUGGAUCCCCUGCAGCCUAUAGGCGGAAACACGAGCGAGUCCAGCACAAGACCAUUAGAUGUUGUUCCAGAACGUCCCACAGAACACAUCUCAUCAUAUCCCUUCUUAUCUAGUCUGCCUGAGUCUUACAGCUCUCCUUCAUUCGCCAGCGACUCAGGGGCGCACCACGAUGGAUCUUCCGUAUUCUCGACCAGCCCUACGCAGAGUGACCUGUCGGUAUAUGAAUUACACGAAGGAUCCGGCAACCGGGGAGGUCGUAUGAAGGCUAGACUCAGGCGACGAACCGCAGGGUUUACGACGACAAGAUCAGCCACGAUGCCGCCGCACUUAAUGCCAACAGUGGACAAGACUACGACUGCAGCUUCUGCAUCAAGAGAUCCGGUCACAAGAAGCGUGUCAGAAACGUCAAAGAAACCUUCGGCACGUGCGCCCAUUACUCCUAAGUCGAGUAAUAACAACAAUAAAGGCGAAUCGUAUCCUUUGAAAUCUGCUCAACUGGAUAGACCUACGAAUCAGCCACGACUCCAAAGGCGAGACAGCGAGGAAUCGUUCCACAGCGUCGAGUCGUGGCAUUCAUCCGGCGCUCCCCUACAUCCUUCACCACCCACUUCGCAAGCGGAGUCUGCUGUCGACGCUAAGUACGAGUCGAAUGAAACAGACGCCUUGUCCGUUGAGAGAUGCAAAAGAGACAAGUCCUCUCGAAGCAGAGGCAGCUCUCCAAUGCCAUGUGCUUGGGAAUCAGACCUUGAUUCUGACGACAGCGAGUCGUCUAGCGAAAGCGCAAAAGCAGCGAUCACAGACACAAUCGACGUUGAAACUAAAACCCCCUCAUCGACAGCAACACCGCCACAACGACCAUUUAUAACUCGUCAUAGAGCGACGACAAGCAGUUUAUCAGUGCGGCGACGUGCACUUUCACCCUUACCCCCCGCCGCAAAUCUCUUCACUCCCGCGUCAACUAUGGAACGACGACCUUACAAAAGCAGACUGGAGACUGUCAAGAAUUUACCAAUGGCUAUCAUUGCCAAAACAUGCGAGAUGAUCAUGGGUCCUCCAAGUUCCCUGAUCCGCCUUAUUCUCAGGGUGGCAGCUAGAAUUGCUUCGGGGCAAUGGAGAGGCCUCGUAUAUGGGUAUGGUGAAGAUGGCGAAGAAAUACCAGUCCAAUGGGACUAUUCUGAAGGUGAAUUUAGCGACUGGAGUGAUGAUGAGAACUACCAACACGAUCACCGCAGUGGCCAAGGAAAGCGACACAGUAGACACCGCAGUAGAAACGACAAUAUGACCAAAGAAACAGCAGCACAGAAGGAGUUGCACAGGCGACCUUCAUCUUCUGAUGAUAGUCGAAGCUGGGGGGUUGACUGA